UCCAAAUUGACACUGCUGCUCUGUUCGUCGCGACGACGGGAAUAAAUUUGGGAGGAGAAAAAUUCCCCAAUUGCGGCGGCCGCAGCACAACCAAAAACAAAAUCCAUUCUAUCCGCUGAAUUCGCAUUAGGUUCGUCGAAUUCGGCUCGGGCGUCCAGCCUCUCCGAUCCAGAUUCCCGCUUCCAGGAUACUUCUUGACGCCAGCCCUCCGUCCGGGGAUUGCCGGAGCUCCACGCGGUUGUUCGGCGGCGAGCAGCUAGGGUUUGCUCUCGUCUUCGGGGAGCUGCCACAUUUGGCGUGGUUCCUUCCAAGAUGCAGCCGUCCAGGAAAGUUGCUCGGGUCGACACGGCCGAGAUCAAGUCUCGGCUAGUCGGGAAGAUCGGGCACCAGCGCGCCGACCUCUACUUCCACAGCCUCAAGAAGUUCCUUGGGUUUCAGCUUGGGAAGAGCGAGUUUGACAAGAUCUGUGUGACUGCACUGGGGAAGGAGAACAUUAAGCUUCACAACUUCCUCGUCCGGUCGAUCCUCGGCAAUGCUUGUAUGUCCCUGGGGCCGCCGCCCAGCAGGCAGACGCCCACUGGGAAUUCACAGACUAGCACCGUGACGAACGGGCCGUUGGCAAGUGGCGUGCCGCUGGCGAGGAGGGUGCGGCCAGUGGGUAGCCGGGACAGGAGGUUCGGAGAUAAGCCGAGUCCGCUUGGAAAGUCCCCUCUUGGUCAUCCAGGGGCCGGGGAGUUUGUGUCCGUGGAGGAAGGCGAGGAGGUUGACCAAGCCAGGGGAAGCCCGGUGUGUGUGCAGAGUCAGAGCCCGAUCAGGGCUCCGCUGGGAAUCCCCCCCAAGGCUCAGAAUUCUCAGCCUCCGACCUCUUAUGCUUCAGAGGUCUGCUACAGCAAUGGUGAAUUGCCAGAUACACAGUACCUGUCGAAGCUACUUGAGAACAAGCUCAAGGCCGAAGGCCUUAGCAUAUCCCUAGACUGUGCUGAUUUGCUGAACUCUGGGAUGAAUGUGUACAUAAGUCAGAUGCUCAAGUCUUGUUUGGGUGUUGCCAAAGCAAGAGGAAACACAACUAGGACACGUGGAGCUAAUGGGAGCGCUGCUGCUGCUGCAAAUGGCGGGAGGAAUAAUGGCUUUGCUUCAGAUUUAGGCUGCUCCUACCAAGCUUCACUGCUAGAUCUUUGCACAGCCGUACAGUCUAAUCCUCAGUUACUGGGGUGCGACUAUGCCAGGCAAUACGAGAAGAUAACUUCUCACCUUCUUGACAACUAAAUGGCGGCAGCUAUUUUUCUCACAGAACUUCAUCAAUUGUUAUGGUUGGCAGAGUGAGCAAUCCUUUGCCAUAGAUUGGUGUUAUAGAAAUCUACAGCUAGUUAGCUUGAGGUGAAGUAGAUUUUGACUGCCAUAGAGCUGAGGGGGGUACCCCAGUGUUUUUGGUUAGGAUGAUACAUCUUGGGAUUUCAGUACAUCAUAGUGCGCUUUCAUUACUUGUGAUUAUUCACAUAAUAAAAAGUUUCUGCCAA